AUGAAAUUCACUCUGAUCUCUUCUUGUAUUGCAAUUGCUGCACUGGCUGUCGCAGUUGACGCUGCCCCUGGCGAAAAGAAAAUCAGCAUUCCUUUAGCAAAGAAUCCCAACUACAAGCCUAGUGCUAAGAACGCCAUUCAAAAGGCCAUUGCCAAGUACAACAAACACAAGAUCAAUACUUCUACUGGUGGUAUUGUCCCUGAUGCUGGUGUUGGUACUGUCCCAAUGACUGAUUAUGGAAACGAUAUCGAGUACUAUGGUCAGGUCACCAUUGGUACUCCUGGUAAAAAGUUCAACCUUGACUUUGAUACCGGUUCCUCCGAUUUAUGGAUUGCUUCUACUUUAUGUACCAACUGUGGUUCUCGUCAAACCAAGUACGAUCCCAAGCAAUCUAGCACUUACCAAGCUGACGGUCGUACCUGGUCCAUCUCUUAUGGUGAUGGCUCCUCUGCUAGCGGUAUCUUGGCCAAGGACAAUGUCAACUUGGGCGGUCUCCUCAUCAAGGGUCAAACUAUCGAAUUAGCCAAGCGUGAAGCCGCCAGCUUCGCCAAUGGCCCCAAUGACGGUCUUUUGGGUCUCGGUUUCGACACGAUCACUACUGUUCGUGGUGUCAAGACCCCUAUGGAUAACUUGAUCAGCCAAGGCCUCAUCAGCCGUCCCAUCUUUGGUGUCUAUCUCGGCAAGGCCAGCAACGGCGGCGGCGGUGAAUACAUCUUUGGUGGCUAUGAUUCCACCAAGUUCAAGGGCCCCUUGACAACUGUUCCUAUUGACAACUCUCGUGGCUGGUGGGGUAUCACUGUCGACCGUGCUACGGUUGGCACUAGCACUGUUGCUAGCUCCUUCGAUGGUAUCCUCGACACCGGAACCACUCUCUUGAUCCUCCCCAACAACGUUGCUGCCAGCGUUGCUCGCGCUUAUGGCGCCUCUGACAAUGGUGAUGGUACUUACACCAUCUCUUGUGACACUUCCAGAUUCAAGCCUCUUGUCUUUAGCAUCAAUGGUGCCUCUUUCCAAGUCUCUCCUGAUUCCCUCGUCUUUGAGGAAUACCAAGGUCAAUGUAUCGCUGGUUUCGGUUAUGGUAACUUUGACUUUGCUAUCAUUGGUGAUACCUUCUUGAAGAACAACUAUGUUGUCUUCAACCAAGGCGUUCCUGAAGUCCAAAUCGCUCCUGUCGCUCAAUAA